CAUAAGCUUCUGCUGGAAAAGUCUCAAGCUUUUAUUUUAACAAUAAAUUGGCAAGCAAUUAAGAAAGGUUUAUAAUUAUUUGUCAUUUCUGCUAGGAUCGUUUAUUGGCAUUGAAUAACUAACUAUGUGAUUUUACGCUACAAAAUAGUAAUUAGUUUGAUUAUUUUGUGGGACCACACACACCCACACAAUUUGCACAUUUCCAAAAGAAAGCAGAUCUGCUAUGUAAUUAAAUGUGCGAAAAGUAUACCGUAAUUGCCUAUAUAAGCCGAACUUCCACGCUUGGACGUUCAUUGUUCUUUGCGGAAAUUCGAUAUAUGUACAAAGUUUAUUUGCAUCAAAAUAGACGGACCCUUCUGCGCCAUCGAAAUGUACUUUUGUGAGCAAUUGUACAACAUUAAUUUGGUGUAUAUGAAGCGUGUUGGCUAUCUGGGUGACCCAAAGCGCGCGCUCUUUUUGCUCGCUAUGCCAACUUUUUGCUGUUUCGCUACCAUCUAUAGAAUUUAUCUAAUUUGGCAUAAUUUCGAUGAAGUGGUAGCGAAUUUAUUUAAAGUUUCGGGUAUGAUUACAAUAACAGUCCGCACUUUUGUGGUGUUAUCUAAACAAAAGAAGUUCUUGGACUUUUUCAACGAUAUCGACAAUUGGUACCACAAAUUACGGUCGGAAAAUGACGAAGUAACAAUUAAAAACUUAGAAGAAUACACACGAAAAACGCGACGUGCAUCUAAAACUAUAUUCGGCAUCAUGAUAGUCUGUAUAUUCUAUAUUUCCGCCAUACAACUGCUGACCAGCAGUAGUAGUACGAAUAAAAAAUACCUAGUUGAAGUGCGAUUGCCAUUUGUCGACCUGUACACAAGUCCAUACUACGAGAUAAUUUCCGUGUUGCAAGCCCUUUGGCUUGCUCCGAUCGUCCUAUUGUCAUAUGUUUCCUAUUUGUGUGUGAUUUUGAUAUCUAUAUCAUUUGGUAUUUUCCUUAUGAAAGAUCUGCAGCAGAAAUUGGGUAAUAUGCACGAAUUGAAUGAGCUGGAAGGUUUAGAAUGUAUCAAAAAAUGCAUACAACAGCAUGUGCUGAUCAUCAAAUUUCACAGGGAUUUGGAAGUAUUAUUUUCUGCUGGAAAUUUUGUAGAUGUCAGCAUUUUUUGUAUAAUACCUUGCGUCAUAAUCGUUUAUGCAAAUAUGGAAUAUAAUUUAGCAUUUAUGAUUACAGAUGUUCAACUGGUUUUUAUUGUAAUUUUCUCAACAUAUAUUAUCUUUUGGUUAGCCAAUAGCUUUUACAUUGAGGGUUUAAAUAUAGCUCACGCCGCUUAUAAUUGCAAUUGGGUAGAUCGGGGCAAGGACUUUCGCAAGUACAUUGUUGUUAUAAUGGCUGUUGGUCAAAAGCCACUGGAGCUCACCGCUGGCGGCCUAAAACCCGUGAAUAUGCAAUUCUUUCUGGCUAUCGUGCGCGUUUCAUAUUCAAUCUUUACUGUCCUACAGGGAACUAAGAAAGAUUAUUGAAGUGAAGCAAGCAGUAUCUAAUUAAUCGCAUUCAACUAAUUAUUUAUUCUUUAAAAAAUAGAAAUGAACAAUUUAAUAACUUGUGCAACCAAAAAUAUGUAUGCCGUAAAGACACGAUUUUAAGCGCUUAAA